GCGCACUUUGACCAGGAAGUAGUGAAGUUGGGACGGAAGGACGCGAGCAAGAAAGUCACGUGAGAGCGGAGCCACCAUUCUUUAACCUGUGUGUGUAUUUGUGACAAAAAAAACAGAAGACAACUUCCUUAAAUCCAACAGAUAAACAGGACAAAUAGCGAAUAAGAUGUCUGACAACGAGGACAAUUUCGAUGACGCAGAUUUCGAUGAUGGGGAGGAGGAUGAAGGGAUGGAUGAUCUGGAGAAUGCUGAGGAUGAAGACCGGGAGAAUGUGCAGAUCUUACCGGCCGGUGAAGGGCAGCUAGCCAAUCAGAAACGCAUCACCACCUCGUACAUGACUAAAUACGAGAGAGCCAGAGUGCUGGGGACCAGGGCCCUGCAGAUAGCGAUGUGUGCUCCAGUGAUGGUGGAGUUGGAAGGAGAGACUGAUCCCUUGCAGAUCGCUAUGAAGGAGCUCAAGUGCAGGAAAAUUCCCAUUAUUAUCCGGCGCUAUCUUCCUGACGGCAGCUACGAGGACUGGGGUUGUGAUGAGCUCAUCAUUACAGACUGAACUCCCUCCAGGAACCAACCUGGCUUUCUGGGAAUCGCAAUACCCAAUGGAGCGGCCUCCAGACUGCAGUUACAACUGACUGCCACACGGGGGUGCUAAUGUGCAGGGAGAAGUAAUAAAAAUCAACAGGACUGGGAGUGAGAAGAUUGCCCACACACUGUGGUUUGAGAACAGGCAAACGUUUUGAUUUUAGUCUUACUUUUUUUAUAUAUAUGUAUACAGGAUAACUUUUCAGUUUUGUUGAAAUAAAUAUUUUAGGGUUUUAGUUGUCUGUGUGUAAUUAUUAUAAAAAUAAAUAAAUAGAUUGUUUUGUAA